GAUGGCCACUGCUGCUCCGAUUAUAUGGUGUCAUCGUACACACCAGCCCUCGGAGCUCUUCUUUGGGCGAGAGAGUCGCUCACAACCGUAAGAAAGCGGGAGGUUCGGGCUUUGGUUGCCGCGGUGCCUGAACCUUUCAGAGAGGAAUUCGGUGAACUACCGUAUGCGCGCGAGGAGAUCAGCACUGUGAUCUCUGCCCUACCAGACGGUGCGGCGAUGGCGCUCCUACGUCACGACGAUGCCACAACGGAUCGAAAUGGUGGAAUACGAGCAGCGGAACUCCUAGAGAAGCUUCCCGAUGCGACGAUCCUGCAUUUGGCGUGCCACGGCUUCCAGGAUCCCGUAAAUCCCCUUCAGAGCGGUUUUGCGAUGCGCGAUGAGAUGCUCACAAUCGAAAAAUUGAUGCCGAUGCCCCUUCCGCACGCGUUUUUCGCGUACUUAAGCGCUUGCGGCACUGCGAAAGGAGACAAAGAUCAACCUGACCAAGCGGUGCAUCUCGCUGCCGUCAUGUUGUUCGCCGGCUUCAAAAGCGUUAUCGCUACUCUUUGGUCAGUGUCGAUGCAAGACGUCGAUGGUCCUAUUAUUGCAAAGUCAGUAUACAGAGAUAUAUUUGCCAGCGAGUCCGAAUAUCUCGAUCCGGACGACGUAGCCUACGCUCUCGAUGCUGCCGUUCAACAAUUUCGCCAGGCCUUCCCUGAUCCGAUGCGCUGGGCUCCGUAUAUCCAUUUAGGGAUUUGA